UCGAACUACCACUCCCAGGAGUCCUAGCGGCCUUCCAGGUCCCUUUGCAAGGGGCCUGGUGAGGAUCGGGUGAAUGUCAGCGGAGAAAGGAAUCCUAGUACUUUCAGUCCAGUGAAAGGAGGGCCGAAGGGAAGGGCAAGUGGGCGUCAGCUCCUUUCCGGAGACGUUCUGUCUUGAUUGACGCAGCUGGAGCUAACGUUUUUGCCGAACACGCCCGUGCAGCGUCACCGGUGUGGACGCGACGCUCAAUUCCGCGCCCGGCCGGGUGUGUGGCCGGUCGCGAAGGUCUGCUCUUCAUAGCUGGCGUCUUCCCUGAGCGGGGCGGCCUUCCAGGAACAUGAUCUGCACUCUCCUGCGAGCUGUGCGGUGCACGGAGAGGCUGCACGGGUGCCCCGGGAAGCCAUGGUUUCUGCCACACCCCGUGCCUCACAGAGCUUGCUCGCAGACGGAGCCCAGGUGGAGAUGGGGGCUGCAAGAGCAGAAGGCGACGGCGCGACCUAGGUGUAUUUGGGGAGUCACCCAGAGGUCCAUCUGGACGCAAGGACGGAGCCCCCAAAGCGCGAAGGAGGACGGGAGCAAGCAAGUGUCUGUGCACAGGAGUCAGGGCGGGGAAACCGUCCUCUCGACGUCACAAAAAGUGAAAGAAGCUGGAAGAGAUUUUACCUACUUAAUAGUGGUGCUUAUUGGAAUCACCAUUACAGGUGGCUUGUUUUACACGAUCUUCAGAGAACUUUUUUCUUCAUCGAGUCCGAAUAAGAUAUAUGGGAAAGCCCUAGAAAAGUGCAGAUCGCAUCCCGAGGUCAUCAGUGUCUUCGGCGAGCCCGUCAAAGGCUACGGGGAGGUGACACGACGAGGCCGAAGGCAGCACGUUAGCUUUAUUGAAUACGUAAAAGAUGGGCUGAAACACAUGCGAGUGAAGUUCUACAUCCAGGGCUCGGAGCCUGGGAAGCAGGGAACCGUGCAUCUUGAAGUGAAGGAGAACCCAGAAAGUGGUGAAUAUGAAUUUCGAUAUAUAUUUGUAGAACUUGAACCCUAUUCUAGAACUAUUGUCAUUGAAGAUAAUCGAUCCUGAGACAAUCAGAAGAACAAGCAAGCUUGUGUUUCCUGAUGGGUGUGGCAGGCUCUGAUCUUCAGCCUUGGCCAACCUCUGUUUUGAAUAAAACAGGAGGGAGUAAAGCUCAUAAAAGUGAAGGCCACUGGGUAGUUGUUACAUUUAGACAAACUGAAUUAGAGAUUUUCUCCUAGAGUGAAAAAUCAUGAAAUAGAGCAUACUUUAUGUUAAAUCUUUGCAUUAAUGGUCACAGGCAGAGUUUCUGCUCUGCUUAACAUCUUUUAUGAUAAAUUUUUGUUAUUAAAAGUUUUACACCAUGUAAAUAAAAUAGAGUUCAAUAUUCAGUGCUUUUUUAUGUUGUAUGAAAUCUGUGAAAUAAAAUUGAAACUAAUAAAAGGAUGUUCAAUUGA